AGAAUGAUAUGCAAAUUGAUACUUCAGGACUACGCGUGGAAGUUGAUAAUAGAACUGCUAGCUAUACAUCUGUUCAUUCUCUGGAUGGUGAACUAAUAAUUGCUUGCAGUGAUAUGACAAUUGUGGAAGAAGACCUCACAGACCAUGCCCUCAAACAUAUAGAGGCAUUCAAGCCUAGUACAGUAGUUUUGGACUGCAAUCUAUCGUUGAAGACUAUUAAUAACGUAUUGGCACACGUCCAAAUAUCCAGUGGUCGAAUCAUAAUAGAGCCAACCUCUUUGGUCAAAUCAAGAAAAAUUGGAAGCUUGAACCAUCCUGUUGACUUGAUUACCCCCACAGUCAAUGAAAUGAACGCUAUUUAUGAGUCAAUUGACCAAAACGGCAGGUUUAACGACGAUUGGUUUGAAGUUAUAGACACUUUGAAACUCGAUGAUAUCCAAAGAUUCAUUCUAAAAGGUAAGCUUUUAGAGCUCUACAAUGAAGGUAUAAUACAAAAAUGCUUCAGAAUCCUUCCAUUUGCAAGAAAUAUCCUAUUGAAGCUCGGAAAGCAUGGCGUUUUGACACUUGGCCAAACAAAAGAGAGUAUAUUUAUGGCUGCAAGAAAAUCGCAAAUUCAAACCGCAAACUUCUACAUUGACUACUAUCCAGUUCCUCCAGAGAAUGAAAACUUAGAAAUCGUCAACAUGACAGGUGCGGGAGAUUCAAUGCUUGGAUACCUCAUCAGCCACUACCGGACUUUGGAUAAAGAAAAGCUUAUGAGGAACUGCCAGCUUGCCAGUGGUCUCUCCAUUUCGCACGCUGAAGCCAUCAAUCCUCACCUUAAAAAUAUCCAAUGAACAAGCACCACUGAAGUGGAAUAACGUGUAGCAUAUAAUAGAAAGAAACAGGGAAUGGUUCAAUUCUUGCAAAGCUUAAAAUAAAGUGAAAACUCUUUUCGGUGCGACAAAUAGGAACUGGCGAUUUGAUAAUCAUGUUCAAGGCAUUCAGAAGCUUCAAUACGAAUGUCAAGGUCUUUACUGGCGUUGCCGGUGCUUUGGUGGGUGUACAGGCCCUUAGUGUAUACAAUCCUAUAUACUUAGAAAACUUAAAGUCCGUUUUGGUUGAUAACAGUAUCGAUCCGUUUCCUACGAAGCUCUCCAAUUAUCUGAUGUUAGGCCACGGUGUGAGAUCAGUUACAUUCAUCGGCUUCAAAGUGUAUGGUGCUGCUAUUUACGUCAAGGACUCGGACAAAUCAAAGGUCAAAAGUAUUGUCAGUGAAAGAGGUUUUGAAAAAUUAGAAGAUGUUGAAGAGUCAACCGAAUUGAUCUCAAAAAUAUGUGACAGUGUUGACUUCAAAGUACGUAUUUGUCCUGUCAGAAACACUGAUUUCAACCACUUGAGAGACGGAUUUGUUAAGCUGAUUUUGUCGAACCCAUUAUCGAAGAAUAAUGCUGCUGUUGGAGCUGGUUUAGACGAGUUGAGAACUCUUUUCAAAGGAUUCAAAGGAUCUGUACCUAAAAAUCACAUUUUGUUGUUACAAACAGAUAAAGGCAAGUUAACCUUCACUUACGAAAAUACCAAGACUGGAGAGAUCAAGGUCUUGGGAACGGUCAACGAGCCAUUGGUGAGUAAAUUGUUACUCAUUAGUUAUCUUUCCAGUAGAAAGCCUCUUAGUGAACCUUUGAGAAAGAGUUGUGUGGAAGGAAUCAAGAAUUUGUAAAUAGUAACUUAAACCGUUCAUCCAAAAUGUAUUUAUUGUAAAAAGCUAAUGUACGGAAAAAAAUGUAUGUGGAAUGUCAAGGGUUUACAUAAUAAUGGCCUCCUUUUCAACGUUAGAACUAAUAGACUUGUGAGGCAAGACCUUGGCACCGUUGACAUAGAUUCCUUCUUUCACUUCAACGUCAUCACCCAAGACAGUAACACCUUCAGUUCUGGCCCAUUUACCGAUUCUGGAGUUCCAUCCAACAAUGGUGGACUUAACCCAAGCAUGGCCAUGGACAACUGAGUUAGCCAAUAAUACGGAUCUUUGAAUUCUGGCACCCUCACCAACAACUACAUUUGGCCCAAUAGUGACAUUAGGACCGAUUAAAGCAGAUGGGUGGAUCUUGGCAGUUGGGUCAAUCAAAACAUUUCCUCCGUAGACAAACUUCUCGUUAGAUAACUUUUCUGGUUGUCUCUUAGACAACGAGUUCAAGUAGAGACAAGUACCGGACAAAAAGUCCUUUGGUUGACCGACAUCCAUCCAGUAACCUUCCAAAUCGAAAGAGUAUAAUUGUUUCUCUUCAACCAAGAUUGGGAAAGUUUCCUUUUCGAUAGAAGUUGGCUUCAAGUCAAUCAAAUCGAUGACUUCUGGGUUCAAGAUGUACAAACCAGCAUUAAUUCUGUUACCAACAAAUUCGACUGGCUUUUCAACAAAUCUGUCAAUCAAGUUAGGAGUAUCUCUGUCAUGAACAAUAACCCCGUAUUUAGAAGGUUCAUCGACUUUGGUAGCGACAAUAGUACCUUUACCACC